AAAAGCCAUACCGCCCCCCCACUUUAUUUUCAAAAGUAGCUAGGAAAAAAUAAAACAACAGCCAGCCAAGUCAACCCCAAUCCAACCCCCUGAAGGGCUGAAUUCUUGCCUUCCUCAGAGCGGGGCAUGGCAUCCAACAGCAUCUUCGAUUCCUUCCCGACCUACUCGCCGACCUUCAUCCGUGACCCGAGCACCAGCCGCCGCUUCACACCUCCCUCCACGGCCUUCCCCUGCGGCGGCGGCGGCGGCGGCGGCAAGAUGGGCGAGAACAGCGGCGCGCUGGGCGCGCAGGCGGCCGUGGGCCCCGGCGGGCGCGCCCGGCCCGAAGUGCGCACGAUGGUGGACGUUCUGGCGGACCACGCGGGCGAGCUCGUGCGCACCGACAGCCCCAACUUCCUCUGCUCCGUGCUGCCCUCGCACUGGCGCUGCAACAAGACGCUGCCCGUCGCCUUCAAGGUGGUGGCGCUGGGGGACGUGCCAGAUGGAACGGUGGUGACCGUGAUGGCGGGCAACGACGAGAACUACUCUGCUGAGCUGCGCAAUGCCUCGGCCGUCAUGAAGAACCAGGUGGCCAGGUUCAACGACCUGCGCUUUGUGGGCCGCAGUGGGCGAGGAAAGAGCUUCACUCUGACCAUCACUGUGUUCACCAACCCCACCCAAGUGGCCACCCACCACCGAGCCAUCAAGGUGACCGUGGAUGGACCCCGGGAGCCCAGACGGCACCGGCAGAAGCUGGAGGACCAGACCAAGGCGUUUGACCGCUUCGGGGACCUGGAACGGCUGCGCAUGCGGGUGACGCCAAGCACGCCCAGCCCCCGGGGCUCGCUCAGCACCACAAGCCACUUCAGCAGCCAGGCACAGACCCCCAUCCAAGGCACCUCGGACCUGAACCCUUUCUCCGACCCCCGCCAGUUUGACCGCUCCUUCCCAGCGCUGCCGACCCUCACGGAGAGCCGCUUCUCGGACCCCCGGAUGCAUUACCCGGGGGCCAUGUCGGCUACCUUCUCCUACAGCGCCACGCCCUCGGGCACGAGCAUCAGCAGCCUCGGCAUGGCCGGCAUGCCGGCCACCAGCCGCUUCCACCACACCUACCUCCCGCCGCCCUACCCUGGGGCCCCGCAGAACCAGAGCGGGCCCUUCCAGGCCAACCCGGGCCCCUACCACCUCUACUACGGCGCGUCCUCUGGCUCCUACCCCUUCUCCAUGGUGGCCGGCAGCAGCGGCGGUGGUGACCGCUCGCCCACCCGCAUGCUGGCUUCCUGCACCAGCAGUGCCGCCUCCGUCGCCGCCGGCAACCUCAUGAACCCGAGCCUGGGCGGCCAGAGCGACGGCGUGGAGGCCGACGGCAGCCACAGCAACUCGCCCACCGCGCUGAGCACGCCGGGCCGCAUGGACGAGGCCGUGUGGCGGCCCUACUGAGUGCCCGAUCAGAGCGGACUGCUCCUGCUGGCGGCGGGAACUCCAGGAACCUUCCCGACUAGUGGCUGGCCCAGCUCCGAGGCUCAAGGCAGGAAAAGGACUUAUGCUCCUGGGCCAUCAUGGGCCCAGGCUCCACGGUCCUGGGGCGCAGGGCUGGUGGGGGGCUCAGGGAGCAUCUGGUCCAGCCACAUCUUUGUACAGAGGGGUAGGGACCUCCCCCAGGACACUGCCCCAGCCCAGAUCCUAGUCAUCUCAGCCCACAUUCCUAUGGGAAAACUGUCCUUCUCUUGCCACCUCCUCUGGAAUGACCUGGCUGUCCCCAGCUGUGCCCGGUGCUGUCAUGGGGUCCAGGUCUCCUGGGACAGAGACCAUCUCUGUUCUGGGGAGAGGUGGCAUUUGCCUACCUGGCUUAGCCUUUUAUCCAUAGGGCCCUGGAACGCCCUCCCCAACCCCCACCUUCCUCAGAGACCCUGCACCCCGUGGGCCCCGCCCUCCCUCUGCAUUUAUGCAAAUCGAGUCAGAACUGGAAGUGCCCCCACCCUGCGGAGGGGCUCCCCUCACUGUAUAGAUGGGGAAGGAACCCACCCAGAGGACUCAGAAAUGGCUGGCAGAGAUGGGAUAGAACACCCCCAAGCCAGUCCCCUCAGCUCUGCUUCCCCACAAUUCCUAACAGCUAAGAAGCCCCCAUCCCCGUCCCGGCUGUCUGUGGGUCCCAGGCCCCAGAGUUGAGUCACCCAUGGCAUCGGGUCCCUAACACCAGGGAAGACACCUACAGACGGGUCCUCCAUGCACUUUACCAGCCCGAGGCAUUCACCUUCUGUUCUCUUGGUGGGGGCCAGGAUGCCCCUUCCCCCUAGGCUGGUCUCCAAAUUGCCAUUUUUGGAGAGAGCACAGGGACCAGAUAGGACAGGGCCUGGCAGAAAGCACUAGCGUGAGAGGUCAUGGGGUCGGAUGUCAGCAUCCCGGUCUCACCCAGGUCCGGCCAAUCUGUGCACCCCCAGCCCUCAGCCUCAUGGGACGGCCCAGUCAGCUCUUCCGGCCUCUUGACACUGCUCUCCAUCUUCAGCCAGGCUGUGCUCUGAAAGCAGUCUUGAACAAAAAUUAGUUUUUAAAGCUGAUUGUAGAAAAAGAAGCUCCAGUCAAACGUUUUCAAACGCACAGUCUCUUACAGGUGAAGCCCCAGGGUAGUGAGCAGGGUCCCCGCCCAUUCUGAGAGUGUGGAAUUGCUGGGGUCUCGGCACCCCCUCAGGAGGUCACCUUCCUUCAGCAGCAUCCUACCAACCUCCGCCAAAAGCCGACCCUGGUGGGGACCACGGCAAAUGCUGGUGACAUUUGCCCAAGGGGACGCGUGGGUGUCCUGGUAGGGCUGGGUGGGGUGUGGGCGGUGGGGAGCUGUGGCUGUGUGACGGCAGCACAGAAGAGCUGCGAAGGGCGCGCCGGCCUCCGCCCCAGCCUCACUGUGCCAGGGGUAGAGGAUCGCCCCUUCGUUUGCACAUGGGGAAGCCCGGCUGCCCCAGGCUUCAGGCUGCCUGGAUUCUCGUGUGAGUUCUUAGUUCCAGGGCUUAGUGGAAAAGGACGAGCAAACUCUUCUAAGGGCUAGAAAGCGUGUGGUUUUCAGUAAUUAUUUCAGCCACAUCCUCUGUGGACGUGGAGAUCUCCCCUACAAAAUGCUCCUUAGUGGUCGUUUCUGUAACAGCACUUGGCCUGCCAUCCCACCCCCAAACUGUAACCACAUCCACAUACCCACACCGGAUACACACUCGGGCAGGCGAGGAAGUCCUUCUGGUGGUCUUACUCGGACUCCUCCUGCUACAGUUUCUCUUGUCCUGUGCUCACUGGAAAGAGCAGUCUCCAUCUCAUCAGCAUGGCUGCUGGGGGCGUCCUGCUGACCCCCAACACCCAGGGCCUCACCACCCCUUCUCAGGAAGCAGCUCCAAAUCCAUUGCCCUUGGACCUCCACUCCUGUUCUCUGUGGUUGUAGACUGGCUUCAGGCCCACGUGGGAGGCCCCCCUUGGGUUCCCAGUGCCCAGCACUUUGUAGCCCUCCCCACCCCUCAGAUUACUCCCCCUUCCUGAUAUCCAAGCCCUGGUGGGGGCAGGGACAGGAAAUAAAUUGACCCCCAGCCCACCCCCUAGGCGAAGGUGAUGGCAGCCAUGCUGGGUCUGUCUUUUAAGGCCUGUAGUGGGUGGACAACCCGGGCUGGUAAAAAUAGGUCCUUAUUUACAAGGCUGCUUUAAGGUUGUGCAAGGCAGACACACGGGUGUAAAGCACAAGGAGAUGAAGAGCUUUUGACACCACGUUACUGUAAAGCUGUUGGUGGUGGGGACAGAUCCUUUGUGACAUAUUGUCAUGCUGAGGCGUCAAUACCUGCCACAGUCAUUUCUUCCGUCAAACCGUCCCCAAGCUGGGAAAAGGGUGGGGAGGGGUGGAAACCGCUUUGCACUAUAAUUUGCUGGUGUGUUUGUUUUUAAUGCACAACUUGCUUGUACAGUAAACUGUCUGUCUUCUGUACUAUUUAACUGUAAAA